AUGGGGAAAUUUAUUUAUGAAAUUGUAAAAAAAUUUCCUGAAUGUAAAAAAAUGUUAGAUGAAAAGGAAAUUUACACGCCUGGCAUUGGAGGAAUCUGGAUAAAUGCAUGUAAAGGAGAAAAUAAUAUAUUGAAAAAAUUUAUAGAUGUUAAAACUAAAGCAGAAUAUGUAUGCAUACAAGCUAUGGAUUUUUUGGCUACAGUUAAUUCACCAGAUGAUAUAAAUUUAGAUGAAGCUGGAUGUGAAUUUUUUUCCUAUUGGAUAUACUCAUAUGUUCUUAAAAUGAAUAAAGAAAAAGCUGAUCAUAUACAAAGUAUAUAUUCUGAUUUACUCAAUUUAUAUAGUGUUAACUUAAGGAAUAUGGUCCAUAAAUGCAAGAACAAGGAGAAAUCUAUCACUAAUGACUAUGUACGAGAACUGGCAGCUCUAUAUCACAUAUAUAUAAAUGAUGAUAUAAUCAAAUCAAAGUGUGCAUUCAAUAGAAACGUUGAUUUCUGUAAUGAACUGGAGUACUAUGUAAAACAAUAUAAUAUACAAAUUAACAGGAAUAAAAUUGAAACUAAAGAAGUCAAAAUAAUGUUGCCUUGCAAAACUAGUAUCCUUGUUCCUAUUACAAUUACGAUUGUUAUAUCAUUAUUAAUAUCUAUUUUUUUAUUCAUUUUGUAUAAUUCAACAUCAUAUGGAUCAUGGUUUCGUCGCUCUAUAUUAAGGAUAAUUAAUCGAUGGAUUAACAGAAGUGAGGAAAAACAUAUGUUGGAAAGGCCUGAAAUAUAUAGUAGUUCACCAAGGAUUAGCAGCUAUGAUGUAUUAUAUCAUAUUUCUUAA